UAUCUUUAUAAACCUGUUUUCAGGCGCAUCUAUCAGCCAAGAGGGAAAGUCUGGGGUGGAUCAUCAUCUCUCAAUGCCAUGGUGUACAUCAGAGGUCAUGCUUAUGAUUAUGAUCGCUGGGAGAAGGAAGGUGCUGAAGGCUGGUCAUAUGCUGACUGUUUACCAUACUUCAGGAAGUCGCAGACUCAUGAACUAGGUCCAGAUGAUUACAGGGGUGGAGAUGGUCCUCUCCAUGUGUCACGUGGCAAAUCAAACAAUCCUUUAUAUCAAGCAUUUAUUGACGCAGGUGUCCAAGCCGGUUAUCCCUUCACGGAAGACAUGAAUGGCUAUCAACAAGAAGGAUUUGGCUGGAUGGACAUGACAAUCCACAAAGGAGUACGGUGGAAUACAGCAAAUGCGUACCUCAGACCUGUAUUGAAGCGUAAAAACCUUCAAGCAGAUACAAGAACAAUGAUCACAAGAAUAGUGUUUGAGAAAAACCGUGCUGCAGGAGUGGAAUACUUUGUAGGCAAAAAAGUGAAGCGUGCUAUGGCUAGGAAAGGAGUUAUUUUAUCUUCUGGAGCAAUAAAUACACCACAGAUAUUAAAUUUGUCUGGUAUUGGAAAUGCUGAUGACUUGAAGAAACUUGGAAUUCCAGUGAAUGUUCAUCUUCCAGGUGUGGGGCAAAACUUUCAAGAUCAUUUGGAGAUGUAUUUCCACCAGGAAUGUACUCAGCCCUUAAGUUUGUACCGCUCACUCAAGUGGUGGAAUAUGGUUCCCAUUGGAGUCAAGUGGUUCCUCACCAGGACUGGGCCAUGUGCCACCGCACAUCUGGAAGCUGGUGGCUUCAUCCGCAGCAGGGAAGGCCUAUCUCACCCUGAUAUCCAGUACCACUUUCUACCCUCAGCUUUUAAAGAUCAUGGCAGAGUGACUGUAGAGAAGGAAGCCUUUCAAGUACAUGUUGGUUCCAUGCGGGCUACAAGUCGUGGAUAUGUGAAAUUAAAGUCUAAUAGUCCAUAUGACAACCCCAUUAUCCAGCCAAACUACCUCUCAACGGAAGAAGAUAGAGUGGAGUUGAGAGACUCUAUCAGACUUACCCGUGAAAUAUUCAGCCAGAAAGCGUUUGAUCCAUUUCGAGGAAAAGAACUACAACCAGGUGACCAUGUUCAAACAGAUGAAGAAAUUGACGCCUGGGUACGACAGAAUGCAGAUACGGCAUAUCAUCCAUCAUGCACAUGCAAGAUGGGCUCUGAUGAUGACCCAAUGGCUGUCGUCAAUAACAAAUUGGAAGUCCUUGCAGUAGAAAAUCUUCACAUCGUUGAUGCAUCAAUCAUGCCAAGCGUUGUGAGCGGAAAUCUCAAUGGACCAACUGUUAUGAUUGCCGAGAAGGCAGCUGAUAUCAUCCUAGGAAAUCCACCACUGCCUAAAUCAAAUGCACCAGUGUACAAGACACCAGAAAAGGGACCAAGAUAUUUCCUCCUACCUUCAGCACAUUGUAUUGUUGUUUUGAAGGUACAUGUUGGUUCCAUGCGGGCUACAAGUCGUGGAUAUGUGAAAUUAAAGUCUAAUAGUCCAUAUGACAACCCCAUUAUCCAGCCAAACUACCUCUCAACGGAAGAAGAUAGAGUGGAGUUGAGAGACUCUAUCAGACUUACCCGUGAAAUAUUCAGCCAGAAAGCGUUUGAUCCAUUUCGAGGAAAAGAACUACAACCAGGUGACCAUGUUCAAACAGAUGAAGAAAUUGACGCCUGGGUACGACAGAAUGCAGAUACGGCAUAUCAUCCAUCAUGCACAUGCAAGAUGGGCUCUGAUGAUGACCCAAUGGCUGUCGUCAAUAACAAAUUGGAAGUCCUUGCAGUAGAAAAUCUUCACAUCGUUGAUGCAUCAAUCAUGCCAAGCGUUGUGAGCGGAAAUCUCAAUGGACCAACUGUUAUGAUUGCCGAGAAGGCAGCUGAUAUCAUCCUAGGAAAUCCACCACUGCCUAAAUCAAAUGCACCAGUGUACAAGACACCAGAAAAGGGACCAAGAUAAUUAAUAUAAGUGAUGUCAUGAAACACACUUUAUGGUGACUGCUAAAUAAUUCCACUUACAAAACAAUAUUGCUUCCAGAUCUUGUGUGGCAGACGAAUGGCAUUCAGUGUGUGAGGAGCAAAGUUUCAAGACUGGAUGACAAAAUGCUUAAAAUCAUACUGUUGAAAAUAAUUAUUACUGGUCUAUUUAAUAUAUUUUAAAUUAUCAUGAGGUCUUCUUAUUGUGAGGGAAGGUGCGAAGGGAUGAUGCUCAACGGAGAUCCUGUGUUAGUAACCAAAGUACACUGUGGUUGAAAAGGCUCUGGCUAAGGAUUUCAGCAGUCAGCAUGAGAAUUAAUUUUAAUAUGGCUUUAUACAAUAAUAAGCAGUAAGGUUCAGACUGCAAAAAGACUUCUAGAUUUUCAUGGAGAGUGCUUUAUUAAGGAAAUAGCUAACAUGCCAUGACACAUUGUUGAGUUAUAUAUGCAUCCAUGGGGAAUUCUUAACAACAAGAGAAGUGCAUAGAGCAGUGUGAGGCACUACUUACAGUAGUACUUCUUGCACUUCUAGAGUGUUCUUCACAAUUCCCUGACAAACAUUAGAAACAGACAGUAUGUAUAUAUUUUUUGUUUUAUAACUCAACAAUGAACAAGGAACAAGUUUACUUUUCCUUUAUAUGAAAUGUUCAGGAAAUUGUGUACGCUCAAACUUGUAAUGUGCAAUGUACAGCCUGCAUACAAUAUUACUUGAUAAAGCAUGCAUGACAUAGGGUGCAUGCUUUACCAUGCUGCGAUGAAUUUGAGCUGACCAAUCAUGUGUGUACAGUUCCUUGAAUAUUUUAUUGAUACAUUCGUAAUAGUUUUAAAUUGUAGCAGUUUGAAAGUCAGAUUUGCAAAUAAACAGUCUGUCACCAACAGGCUUUGGAAUGUG